AUGGCGGAUGCAUUUCUUGGUGCCACUAUACAGUUUCUAGAGGGGAAAGCAAUAACCUUGGCUUCCCAGCAGAUUAGCCUUUCUUUAGCCUUUAAGAAAGAUUUGCCGAAGCUGAAGAAAACACUUACCAAGAUCCAAGCUGUUUUUCAUGAUGCAGAGCAAAAGCAAGUCACCCUCGAGUACGCGAAGCUUUGGUUGAAGGAACUUGAAGACGUGGCUUUUGAUGCUGAUAAUUUGUUGGAUGAUCUCAAUUAUGAAAUGAUUCUGCGCAAAGUUGAGAUUCAGAAACAGGUGAAGAGGAAGGUAUACUUCUCCUUCUCACUCUUCAAUCCCAUCAGAUUUCGUUUCAAAAUGGCAAAUAGAAUUCGAACAGUCACUAUGAAAUUGAAAAGAAUUAAUGAAGAAGCAAAGGGCUUUGGCCUCCAGUCACAAAAUGGAGGAUUAAUGAAGAACAGAGAGACUAACUCUGUUACUAUUGAUUCAAGCUUUGUUGGAAGAGAUGAUGACCUCUCGAUAAUAGUGACAGGGUUGACUGCUGCGAGUAAAAAUGAAAUAGUCCUGGUUAUUCCUAUAGUUGGCAUGGGCGGGAUUGGAAAGACCACCUUGGCUAAAAAAGCUUUUAAUGAUCUAAAGAUUGAAAAUCAUAUUUUGACAAGAGAAAAUGGGCAUACAGUCAAGCUGCUAAAAGAAUUAUUGGAUGGCAAAAAGUAUCUACUGGUUCUUGAUGAUGUGUGGAAUGAGCAAGCCACACUAUGGAAUGAUUUUCUUGGGUCUUUGAAAGGUAUCAGCUCAUCCAAGGGGAAUUCCAUUCUUAUGACCACCCGUCACCAACAAGUGGCAGCCAUGACAAGAAUUUCUUCUCCUCCAUGUUCUUUGAAAAAAUUGCCAGAUGAUGAAUGCUGGCUCAUUCUCAAAGAAAAUGCAUUUGGUGCUGGGAAAGUGCCGGAUGGAAUGCAAGACAUAGGAUACGGGAUUGCAAAAAAAUACCAAGGUGUACCAUUAGCUGCAAGUGUACCCGGCGGCAUAUUGCGCAACAAGGGAAGUGUGAAAGGCUUUCAAUUUUGGAGACUGGCCUUCAAAAUUUAG